AUGUGGGUCAACUACGGCCAGUACAACAACCAUAGCUGCCUAUUGGAGGACAUAAACGCCGGCUUUAAAGGCGAGUUUGUAUACUUGCGGCCCGAAUACACCCCUAUCUACACACAGGCGGCCACCGGUUUUCACGUGGUAACGGCUGAUGGGCCCCUGUACGACAAAAACGAUCCUGCUCACUGGGAUCUGGCUAAGGGUACAGGUGGGAAAUACCGGUACAUUGUCACGGAGUAUAGCGGUCACCGUAAAGUAAACAAUGUGUGGCUGUCUGAACAGGCACAGGGCGAGAGGCAUACUAGCGACAUCAAUUCCGGUAGAGGUGGACGCUAUUUGUACUUGUGCUGGAAUUUUGCUUAA